UCGUCUGUGUACAAACAUUAACAACAUAAACAUUCGAUCUUUGACAAUCGUUCAAUCAUAGUUCACAAAGAAAACUAGUAUGCUUUUGGGGUAAUGUGCCUGUGCGUAUUCGAUAUCGCAGAAGUUCUGAGUUACGUUCAUGGAACAUUUCUGUAUACUGUAUACGCGCUGGAAAUCAGCACGAAAAACGCCGGAGUUUCGCCUCUGUAUAAGUCCGUUGUGGAUCGGUAGAGUGAGGUGAAUUUAUCAAAAUAAAAAACGACCAAUGAUCAUGAAGUGUUUAUGAGAAACUAUUUCUCAUAAAAAUGUUACGUUCAAUUUUCUGUACUUUAUACAACAUAUAAACAACGACUGACAUUUUUUGUUAUGGCUGAGAGUAUUGUAAAUAAGUGAGUGAUUUAAAUUUUCGGUAGGGUCGUGAAUGUAAACUAUAAGAAUCAUUAGCUACUUGAUGGUGUUAAAAACAUUUAGCGUGGUUAUGCUAAAUACAUUGUACUUGAAGUUGUCGUAACAAAUGCUUUGAAUAAAAUUUAUUAUUCGGAUAUAAUUCUAUUUAGUGAAUAAUAUCAUAAAAUAAUUUAUUAGUGUUUAAAUAUUUCAAUUUACAAAUGGAUGAAACGCAAUCGGACACAAUGUGAUGCAAACUUACCUGCUAUAACAGCUAGUUUAGAAAAGCUCACAGUAAAUACUAAUUUAUCACAACCAGAAAAAAAAAGAAUAAUCAGAAGAAUACCUAGCGCUGAUUCAAGUGAAGGUCUCAAUAGAAGAUGCAGUUUAAGACCACGAAAAAGAACUGGUACAGAGAUGGAGACGAAUGACAAACAGAAUAAAGCCAGAGGAGAAGUAGAUGUUAAGAAUUAUUAUUUAAAUAGGAGAGAGAAACGAAAAUUAAACACUUUGGAAACAAUUUAUGAAGAAAAAGAUGACUUAAGUGAGAACACUACAUACAUGAGUGUAAAGAGAUAUAAACGUACAAUACAGUUUCAAGAUAAACCUUCAGAUUGUAAAUUAAGGAAAAGAAGAGCAAAAAUUAAGAAAGUAUUUGGAUUGAAAUCUCAUCGAAGAAGUGCAUCUACGCAGAUGCUGCUUGACCAUUUUAAUAGUAUUAGAGCAGAAUCUCCUGCGAAAAUUAAUAGUGAGACAGAAUGAUAAAAUAUAAAAGUAUUCAUAUGUACAAUGCAAAAUAAGUUGUAACAAGACAUAUUUAUUGAAAUUAUUUUUCUUUCAUUAAUAAAUUUAAGUGGUUUACUUUUCUCUUUACUUUUCAAUCUUCUGUAUAAUAUAAAAGAGUACUUAUGGUGAUAUAAUAAUAGCUAUAAAAGAAUCAACUUUUCACAUCACAUACUGUUUUUCAAUAAAAAUAUAAUAUCAAUUGUAUUACAUAUGAUUAUUGAGCAAGACAGACAUUACCAAAAAUGUUAUUUUUUUUAAUAAUACUGUGCACACCAGAAUAAUAUUAAAUUGUUGUUUACAUAUAAUAUUAUUUUGAUGUAAGUAGAUCUUAGGCAUUCAAAUUUACUUGGUUUAUUUAUAUGUAACAUUGACUUGAUUAUACUUCCUUUAUAUAUUUAUAUAACUGUGUAUUUAAGUAAUAACAACAUAGUGUUUGUAUUUUGUAUAUCUGUUUUUUAUUACACUUUUCUAAUGAUAUUAUCAUGCACUUUUUAAGUGCAAUGAAAUA